UGGGCCAAAUCUUCUCACAACUAAAAAGAAAAGCCUAAAAAGCCCUGAAGCACCUCCUCCUCCUCGUUCCGCAUCAUCCCCAGUAAUGGCAACCUCCAAACUCUCGUCCCACAUCCGUCGUCUUCGCCCAUCCGCCUUCAACUUCCUCCCCGCUCUCUCUCACGCCCGUCAAUUUCAUUACCUCACAAACCCUAACCCCAACCCUAACUCUAACCUUCUCUCACCUCACCCCCCGUGGAACUCCUACGCGUUUCCUCAAACUCUCACUUUCUCUCACUCUCGAUUUCUCUCCAGUAGCUCUUCAGAGGACUCGGAUUUCGUUCAACUCGGCGUCUCCGGCGCCGACUCAGCGGCUCAGUCGGAGCUUUUGAAUUUAGGUGGUUGCGCUGGUGAAGAGUAUCUGCUUCCCGUUCGAGCGCUAAUUUCGGUGCUUGAUGGGUUUCAUGAUCUCACUCGUUUGCCAUGGUGGAUAGUUAUUGCGUCCUCUACUUUGGCUAUGAGACUUUCAUUGCUCCCCUUACUCAUUGUGCAACUGCAAAAAUUGAAAAUAAUUGGAGAGUUACUUCCCAAAUUGCCUCCUCCACUGCCACCACCCUUCUCAGGAAAGAGUUCUAUUGAUCAGAUUUCUCUAUUUCGGAAGGAAAGAAGUGCAAUCGGAUGUCCCUCAUUGUUAUGGUUCCUUGCAUCCUUCUCUGUCCAGGUUCCAUGCUUUCUUCUGUGGUUGAAUAGCAUUCGGAGAAUGUCACUGGGUAAUCAUCCUGGGUUUGAUUGCGGUGGCACUUUGUGGUUCAACAAUUUGGCUGAAUUGCCUCAUGGUGUUUAUGGUGCCAUCUUUCCUUUCCUGAUUGCUGGUUUGCACUAUGCAAAUGUUCAGAUUUCUUUUAAGACAUCUUCACUCGUGAAAGGCAAUGACCUAUUGAGCAAUCUAGCAAAAUACUACAAGUUUUAUUUGGAUAUUAUGACGUUGCCUAUUAUUGUAAUUGGCUUCUGUAUUCCUCAGGGAAGCCUAGUGUAUUGGGUUACAAAUAGCUCAUUAAGUGUCAUUCAGCAAUUGGUUCUCAAAGACCCUGCUGUGCGUGCAAAGUUGGGGUUGCCAGACAAGGAUGCUCCUACAGACACUGCAAUAUCAGAGAAGCCUGGUACUCCUGAAAUAUCACCCUUGGCUUCUCCUACAAGAUGGAAGAAAAUAACUUUACAGAACCUGUCCCCUACAGAGCUGCUUAAUCUUUCGGUCCAAGUCUUAUCAGAAGGCGAUAAAGAAAAAGCACUUCCUUUGCUGAAACUUGCCCUUGAGAAGGAUCCUGAAUAUGCGAGAGCAUUGAUUGUAAUGGGUCAGACUCUAUUGCAGAAAAGUUUGCACGCAGAGGCUACUGAGUACUUUCAGCGUGCCAUCACCAAGCUCUACAGUGCUGGCCAGCCGACAGAAGUGGAGGACAUUGAUCUUCUAAUUCUUGCAUCUCAGUGGGCCGGUGUUGCCUACAUACGGCAGGGAAAAAGUGCCGAAGGGAUUGUACACCUUGAAAGAGUUGCACAAUUGGAAGAGCCAGAUGAACCAAGCAGCAAAAGCCAUUAUUUUGAAGGGUUAUUAUUGCUUUCAAGCGCUUUAUCCAAUGUGGGUCGCAAGGCUGAAGCUUUAAAGUAUCUGCGCUUGGCUGCUGCUUAUAACCCUGAUUACAACGAAUACUUGGAGCAAUAUGAAAAUGAAAACGAGGAUGAGAGUUUUGUCGGUGAUCUCAUUGGCAGUAGGCGAAGGGAUUAUUGAUUUUGCAUAAUUCACUACAAGAUUUAUUUAUAUUGGUUUGCUUUUCACGCAAAGUGUAUAUUGGUGUGCUCAUUUUUGUUAUAGAUACUAAUCAUUGAUUUGUAUUUUUCAGUGUCCAGGAUCAAAAUAAUUGACACAAAUUAGGAAAUUUAAUUUUUGAAGGAGUUGUCAUGGUAGAACAUUGGAUCCAUAUAUAAUCUUCUGUACUGAGUGUUUGCUCUUAAUUAAUCUUCAAAAGUGUAUAUAAAUUUAGUGGAUUCUGAUA